GAUGGGAUUGGUGCAGCACACACACACUUCUGUUCACAGAGGUCCAAACUUCAGCAACACGUUGGUUAUAAAGAACAUUGUUAUUGUCCAACCUGUUGAUCAUGUUCAUGUUCACCUGGAGCCACAUACACACAGCUACGUGUGACGGCCUGAAUACAAAACCACUGAACUCUUCCCCAGUCCCCCAGGCGCAGGGGGGCUGGGUGCUUUUUUUCAUGUAUAUAGGUCGCAAUAAAUUCCAUUACACAGUAACUAAAACACUGACUACGCCACACACACACACACACACACCACUCUGCUAAUUCACAGAGGAAUUUUGAGCAGCCCAGAUAAGGGAUCCUGAAGGGCGGGGGAGGUUUUACGCAAGCAUUCAAAGCACCGAGAAAAGAGGCGUUUUCUGGCAUUGCCUCCCGUUCACCUCUGCGGUUGGUUUCGGUGAUCUGCUGCGGACCCAGGAGCCGAGAGGACGAUGUGGAACGCAGCAGCGUCCGUGCUCCUGCUGCUCAGCGUCAUGGCCGUGCAGGGGAACGGUGCCGGAGAUAAGACGAGGGGGUCUGUGGCCGAAACCCCCGGGCCGGAGAAGAAGGCGAAGGCCGGAGCCGCCGCUACGGCCCCCGCGACUUCUGCAGGUUUCCUGGGCAACCUGCUGGUGGUUCCCAUGGAUGGGAGCCACUGGGUGGGCGUGAAGGCCAUCGCCCAAGAAAUGGGUCGGCGUGGACACAAGGUCAUCGUGGUCAUCCCAGAGAUCAGCAUGCGGAUGGGUCCGGGGAAGCACUACGACACCGUGACCUACCCCGUUCCGUAUGAGCAGGCUUACAUUGAGUCCGUCAUGGCCAAAAACAAGGACGUGAUCAAAAGAUCCUCCCUGUCUUUCACGGAGAAGAUGAGGACAAAAUUCUCACAAGUGAAGAGUAUUGCAGAUUUCAUCCACAUCACGGCCGAGAGCCUGCUGUUCAACGAUAGUCUGAUCUCACAUCUGGCGGAGCAGAACUUUGACGCCGUCCUUACGGACCCCAUGGUUCCCACGGGCUCAUUAAUAGCUCGGAAGCUAGGUAUCCCCACUAUAAAUCUGCUUCGAGGAAUUCCCUGUUCCUUGGAUAUGAAGUCUGCAGGCUGCCCCUCCCCGCCGUCAUACGUGCCCCGCUUCUUCACCAGAUACUCAGAUAAGAUGAGCUUCAAGGAGAGGACGGUCAACACCGUGGUGGCUUUUCUGGAGCCGCUGCUAUGCCGACUGUUCUACUGGUACUUUGAUGAAAUAGCCUAUCGGUUCCUGGGAGAGGAAAUCGGCAUCGCUGAAGUGCUAUCAGACUCUGCUAUCUGGCUGCUGAGGAUGGACUUCACCCUGGAGUUCCCGCGCCCAAUUAUGCCAAAUAUGGUACUAGUUGGUGGAAUCAAUUGCAACGUGAGACAUCCUCUGCCCGAGGAUUUGGAGUCCUGGGUGUCAGGAGAGCAUGGCUUUGUAGUGUUCACUCUGGGCACCAUGGUGUCAGAGCUGCCAGAAGAGACAACUGCCGUCUUCCUGGAUGCCUUCAGGCAGAUUCCACAGAAGGUAAUAUGGAGGUACACUGGGAAGGUUCCCGACGGUCUCCCAGAGAACGUGAAGUUGAUGAAAUGGGUUCCUCAGAACGACCUGCUAGCACAUUCGGGAGCCCGGGCCUUCAUCACUCACGCUGGCUCGCACGGGCUCUUUGAGGGACUGUGUCAUGCUGUUCCCAUGGUGAUGGUGCCACUUGGUGGGGACCAGCCCGACAACGCCGAGAGGCUGGUGAGCAGAGAAAUCGGAGUGGUGCUGGAUAUUUAUUCGAUCACCACGGAAAGCCUUCUUUGGGGACUGAACGAGGUCAUUAACGACACCAGGUAUAAAGAGAACAUACAGAAGCUGUCGGCCCUCCAUAGAGACCGGCCGGUUGACCCUCUCGACCUUUCGGUGUACUGGACAGAAUAUGUGAUGCGGCACAAAGGAGCAAAACAUCUCCGACCGGCUGUCCAUGACCUCAACUGGCUCCAGUACUUCUCUCUGGAUGUGAUGGCGCUGCUGGCUACUGUCGUGCUGGUUGUUGUAAUACUGUCAGUACAAUGCUUGAAACUAUUCAUCAGGAAACUGGGCAGGAAGAGGAAGCGGGACUGAACCUUCGUCUCAGCAA